GUGACGUCAGGAGGCUCCGCCCCCGGCGCGGCGGCCGCAGUCCCGCCGCAGCCCCCGGAGCGGAGCGACAGUGAGGGACCCGAGGGACAGUGAGGAGCCUGGGGGGACCCGAGGGACAGUGAGGGGACGUGAGGGGCCUGAGGGGACCCGAGGGGCCGUGAGAGGCCUGAGGGGACACGAGGGACCUGAGGGGACCUGAGGGACCGCGAGGGACCCGAGGGACUCGCCGGCACACACCGCCCGCAGCCCGCCCCCGCGCUCCCACGGCCCCGCCGCAGCACCAUGUCGGUGCCGGAGCCCGCCGGCGGCGAGGAGAAGCAGGCCAAGGAGGUGGAGGACGCCGAGAAGUAUUCCUUUAUGGCCACCGUCACCAAGGCGCCCAAGAAGCAAAUCCAGUUUGCAGAUGAUAUGCAGGAGUUCACCAAAUUCCCGACCAAGACGGGCCGGCGCUCCCUGUCCCGCUCCAUCUCCCAGUCUUCCACAGACAGCUACAGCUCUGCUGCAUCGUACACAGACAGCUCCGAUGACGAGGUGUCCCCCCGGGAGAAACAACAAACCAACUCCAAGGGCAGCAGCAACUUCUGCGUGAAGAACAUCAAACAGGCCGAGUUCGGGCGCCGGGAGAUCGAGAUUGCGGAGCAAGACAUGUCUGCUCUGAUUUCACUCAGGAAAAGAGCCCAGGGGGAGAAGCCUUUGGCUGGAGCCAAGAUCGUGGGCUGCACCCACAUCACGGCCCAGACCGCGGUGCUGAUAGAGACGCUCUGUGCCCUGGGUGCCCAGUGCCGCUGGGCCGCCUGUAACAUUUACUCCACGCAGAACGAGGUGGCUGCUGCCCUGGCAGAGGCUGGGGUGGCCGUGUUUGCCUGGAAAGGGGAGUCGGAGGAUGAUUUCUGGUGGUGCAUCGACCGCUGUGUCAACGUGGACGGCUGGCAGCCCAACAUGAUCCUGGACGAUGGUGGUGACCUGACCCACUGGGUUUAUAAGAAAUAUCCCAGCGUGUUCAAGAAGAUCCGAGGGAUCGUGGAGGAGAGCGUGACUGGUGUGCACAGGCUGUACCAGCUCUCCAAGGCUGGGAAGUUGUGUGUCCCAGCCAUGAACGUGAACGACUCCGUCACCAAGCAGAAGUUCGACAACCUGUACUGCUGCCGGGAAUCCAUCCUGGAUGGCCUGAAGAGGACCACGGAUGUGAUGUUUGGAGGGAAGCAGGUGGUGGUUUGUGGUUAUGGGGAGGUGGGGAAGGGCUGCUGUGCUGCCCUCAAGGCCCUGGGGGCCAUCGUGUACGUCACCGAGAUCGACCCCAUCUGCGCCCUCCAGGCCUGCAUGGAUGGAUUUCGGGUGGUGAAGCUGAGUGAAGUGAUCCGUCAGGUGGAUGUGGUCAUCACCUGCACAGGGAACAAGAACGUGGUGACGCGGGAGCACCUGGACCGGAUGAAGAACAGCUGCAUCGUCUGCAACAUGGGCCACUCCAACACCGAGAUCGACGUGACCAGCCUGAGGACCCCUGAGCUGACCUGGGAGCGGGUGCGUUCCCAGGUGGAUCACGUCAUCUGGCCCGACGGGAAGCGGGUGGUGCUGCUGGCUGAGGGCCGGCUGCUCAACCUGAGCUGCUCCACAGUUCCCACCUUUGUCCUCUCCAUCACAGCCACCACUCAGGCUCUGGCUCUGAUUGAGCUCUACAAUGCUCCCGAGGGCCGCUACAAGCAGGACGUUUACCUGCUGCCCAAGAAGAUGGAUGAGUACGUGGCCAGCCUGCACCUGCCCUCGUUCGACGCCCACCUGACGGAGCUCACGGACGACCAGGCCAAGUACCUGGGGCUCAACAAGAACGGGCCCUUCAAACCCAACUACUACAGAUACUGAUGGACCAUUCCCAGAAGGACCAGACCACACAAGGCAACAUUCGAGAGAUUAUUUUUAAAAAUCAUUUUUAUUUUGGUUUACCUUUUUUUUUACUGUUCCUUCCCAACCCCCCCCCAAGGCCAUUUUUCCUGUUUUUACAUUUCUCUGUGGUUUCAAGGCCAGGAUUUCUUUUCCUCCCCCUUUUCCCACCAUCACAUCUCAGUCUGACCUGACCAGACAAACCUGGCAUUUGCUUCUUGCUUCCAUGUGCUGAAGCCUGUGAUUCCCAGCCCUGGCUUUGGGAGAGGUUUUCCCUUUCCUGCUGUUCCCAGGGCACUUCAUUCCCGCAGCAAUGGGUUUGUUUUGCUUUCCUUUGGUGUUUUUUCCCAGCCUGGUCUCCCUGCGGAUCCGGAGAUGCUCCGUUUUCCUUCUCUUCUCUUUUCUUUCUUUGUGUGGAAUUUCUGCAACUUCUAAAUUGCCUUAAAGAGCCCAGUUUUAGCUGCUAGAUCCCUGCUCCGGGCGCUUCCCGGGAGCAGAGCGGAGCCUGCAGGACGCCUGGAAUGGGGUGGGGGGUCCCCAGGCCCCUGUGCCGACGUGGCCCGGCUUUGGUGGCCACUGACCCGGCUUUAGUGGCCACCUGGGCCCGGGGGGGAGUUUUUUCAGGGUGCUAAUCUUGAAUCCGGAUGGGGGUCGCUUUUCCCAGCAUUAUCCUCAUCUCUCCCAGGUUUUUUUUUUUUGUUUGUUUUUUUUUUUAGCCAAACUGCACCUUAAUUGAGUUUUAAACCAUUUUUUAAUUUGUUUAGUUGGUUUUUCUUCUUCCUCUUUUCCUUCUCAGUCCUUCCAGAGCUGUUUUCAAGAGUGGGGAUGUUCCAAGGGGACGUCUAAGGGAUGUUUCCCAGGAUGUGGCUGCUUUCCUGUCUCCCAAUGGGAAGCACCGGGGGGGGGGUGUUCAGGGGCCCUGGGGGUUUUUUGGGGGGUAUUUCCCUAAUUUUUUUCCAGCUGGAUGCAGAGAUGAGCCUUCCCCACACCCUGGGCCCUCUGCUCCCUGGCCCUUCCAGCUCUCCCCUAGCUGUUUUCCAGCCUCUUUCCCGUGUGUUUUCCAGCCCCUUCCUUACCCCACCCCCGCUGACAUUUCCCUUCCCCAUUCCCGCAGCUUUUCCUGGGGUGGGAGAUGCUCCUUCCAAGCCCGGGAGGUUUCUCUUGGCUCUUGUUCUCUUCCCCAAACCGCCUCUGUCCUCUCCCCAGCUCUGGGGAGGGUGGGAACAGCCCCAACUCCGGCAUCUCCCGGUACAGGGAUCAUGGAGAUGCUGCGGAACCCGGGAUUGGAGCUGCUCCUUCCCCCCGUCCCCGGGAUCCCCCUGGGAAUUUGUGGGGCUGCGGGGGACAGGAGAGGGGUGGGAGAGGUGCUGGUGGAUCACCCCCCUCUCAUCCCCUUCCCGCCCUGCCUGCUUUCCUCCUGGAAUGUUGCUGGGUCGCUCCACAGAUUUUGGGGAUCACCCGCCCUCGCCUUCCCUGUAGAUUUUGGGGCUCACAUUCCCCUCCACCACCCCCCAGACCUCACUGGGAGGGCUCAGCGAGCUGGGACGGGCGUCUGUGAUGAUGGACUGGGAGCAGGAGCAUCCCCCCUUUCCCAGGAGCCAGGAUUCUCCCCCAUUUGGGAAUCCUGGCCCCCCCUUUUCCCACCCUUUUGGGGCGCAAGGGCUCCGUGUCUGGACAAGCCAUGGCAGGGGGGGCCUGGGGGCAGCAGCAGGGAGAAGUUUAUUUUGUAUAUGAAUGAUUUUUAAUGAAUGCAAUAUUAAUCCUCGCAGAUGAGCAAUAAAUCAUUAAAUCUAAUUAAACUAUUAGGAAAAGCCGA